AUUACGUCUAUAAACUGUUCAUAUUAACAGCAAGAGUUUGUCCCUACGUGGCCUACAUCGACAAACUGUUCUGAAAAUUAUUUGAUAAGAAACGAUAAGCACCAGUGCUGUUACUUUUCGUGGACUGACAGCUGCGAACAGCCCCGGAUGGUGACAUCGAGCCUCCUGACAACUGCUUCAACCCAACACCAUCACGUUCACUCAACAACCAUGGUCCUUAAGGCGGUUCUCUGGAUCCUGCUCCUCUGCAACGCGGCACGUGCGGCGAAGUUCACCAUCAGCCCCAGCACGUUCGUGCCCGGCGUGACGCCGUCGGUGGUGAUGCGGUGCGAGGUGGCAGACAGCGGCUCCAGCAUGAUCCAGCUGCUGCUUCUACAGAUCUCCAUCGAGGACCGCGGCACCACCAUUCCUAUAGUCACCUUGACCCAGGUCAGCCCCCCAAAGUCAUGAGAACGACCUUGAGGAUCAUCUCACAGUAGAUGGUAAGGAGAACCAGUUCGAGAACAUUUCGUCUUCCUACCUGUCCGUGACGUAUUCGUUUCCGGCUCUGGAGAUCGCCAGCAACUACUCGUGCACGGUGUCGGCCUGUCCAUCGAGGGGCUGCUGGCGCGGUUCUCUGUCACUGCAAGGCUUAUAGCAGGCGCAGCUGUUGAAGAGUUGCCUCACUUCAUGACUGAGAGUCUGGUUCAGCUCAGAAGCACCAUCGAGGAUCUCAAAUCUCAGGCGGCAUCGCUGGUGAACCGGGCCAACAGCCUCCGGGUCCUCAGCCAGAACAUCACACAGGAAUUAGAGCAGGUGAACCAAGAGUACCGUGACCUUGCCAACGAGUUUGUGAGGCUGCAGAGCAAUGCUAUUGCAGUCACAACCGUUCUGGACAAAGCUUCUGAUGUUGUGAGCGACCUCUCCUACCUGAGACCCAAGCAGAAGGUUGCCUUUCACGCCGCCAUGUCGACGUUGGGGGCGACGUCUGCCGAGCUGAACGUGCCGCUCAUCUUCGAUUACGUCAUGACCAAUGAGGGUCAAGGUUAUGACUCAUUCACGGGCAUCUUUAGCCCACCUGUUGACGGAACCUACCUGCUGACAGCCUCCCUCGAAUCCGGAUCAGGAAUGCGGCCAUCGGAGGUUUCCAUAAAGGUGGACGGCAGGAUCGUUCAGACCAUGCAGAUUGCAGACGACACCGACUACGAGCACAGCAGCGUCACCACCAUCGUGGCCUUGGCAGCCAAGACAAAAGGUCACGUGUGAGUUCACGUGGAUCUCGCAGAACCCUGGCUACGUGGGCUCCUCCUCCGCAGCUGCCCCCUACAUCUCCACCUUCUCCGGCUACAUCCUGUGGUAGUAGCACCGACCAUUCACCAAGGCUCUGAUUUCAAAUCCCCUUCUGCGACGGGUUUUUUUUUUUUCAAAAUAUUUGUUUCUUUUAUUUUAUUUUUUCUUGAUGAUGAACGAUGUUAGAAAUUGUCCAGAGAUUAGAACACAGGGUGCGUGGCAUAAUGCUGAGCUAGAGAACCAUUUAUCUUUCUUGUCAGCCAAUUUGAAUUUGAAUUGCAAGUUUGUGCUGCAGGCUUGUAACACGAGAGUGAGUUCUAUUCACGCAGCAUGACGGUGAGGCAUGACUGAGUUUCUAUACUGACAACAUGGAGGCCUAGCCACGAUCCUCUUUUAUGGACAAUUAUAAUUUCUCGACAUCAAGAGUGUUUUGUCCCUUUAUAUUUAUGUUUUCCCUCCCACUAUGAGUAACUUGGAGCUCGGCCUUGAAAGGUUAAUUGGAUUUUAUUAAUAAACACUAAUCAUAUUCCGUCUGUCAUGCCGUGUG